AAGAUGGUCGCGACAUUUGUGUCAAAAGCGGAUUAUAUUGCAACAAUUCCUCUUAACGAGCAAAGAACUGUUACUGCGGAUUGGUAUACCACCAUUUGUUUGCCAAAAGUCAUCACCGAGCUUCGAAAAAUCAACCCCGAAAGAAGAAUCAUCCUCCACCAAGACAAUGCAAGCUCGCGCACAGCCCAAAAAACAAGGCAGUAUUUAACGUAAGAAAGCGUGGAAUUAUUGGACCAUCCUACAUAUAGUCCCGAUCUAAGUCCUAGCGAUUUCUUUACUUUCCCGAAAAUUAAAAACAGACUGCGUGGUCAAGGGUUCCAGUCCCCAGAAGAAGCAGUUGACGCAUUCAAAAAUGCCGUUUUGGAUCUGCCAGCAAACGAGUG